CGCCUCUUUCUCACGAGUCAACGGUCUAGCCGCGCGCGUGUACCCGUAGGCCCCACCGCCAAUAACAAACGACGACUCCAAGAAUAACUCCCAGCCUUCCAUUUAAGAUUGCAGAAAUGGCCUCUCUGUCGAGAAGCCAUUCACAAACACUCACUGUCAGUGCUACUGUUUGCACGGGCCAUCGGCCAUGACCAUAUCGUUACUCGCUACAUUUUUCAUAUUCUCCAUAAGCAAUGCUCGUCCUACUCUUUCUCCCCGAAAGUCUGAUAAUUCCAAUCCCACCCCCGAUGCCGAAUCAGGCUGGGUCUCCGGCCCCACAGGGCGAGGAACCUGGGGCCUGAUCCUUGGAUGCUUGACCACGCUGUCUCUAUGCGCCUGGACAGCUUAUCAUCCGAACAUCAGCCCACACAACUCUCCAAAGGCAACCUUCUUUCGCCGCUUGAAAUGGAUGAUAGCUGCCGUUUGUGUUCCCGAACUGGUUUUGUAUUGCGCUUGGGAGCAAAGACGGGCGGUCAGAAAACUGAGGAAUGAGAUCAACACGUUGGCAGCUAAGACGCAGAACGGGGAGAAGUGUUUGGAACCUUUGGUGGAGCCGUUCUACCGUCCUUGCAGGGUUAGCACCGCGCCCAGUAGGUUGGAAGAGGCCUCCGGGUGCUUUUCUCCGAUUCUCUAUUCCCAACCGGCCGCAUUGGAUUCCACGGACUUCCUGGAUUACUCAAAAGCUUCUACUAGCAGUCAGUUCGAGCCUUGGACGAUUGAGCAAGCCUUUUUCGCGGUCUGCGGUGGGUUUGCAGUGGACUCAUCAUCGUUCUGGCCUGAAAAGCGCCUUACCUUCACGCUGGAUGGAAUUCUUGAACUGGCCAAAGCGGGGAUUCUGCCGAAGACUUCAAACAGUGAGAUAUCUGACAAAAGCAAAGCCAAUAUUGUGGCGAAGCUUCUUGUUUGCAUCCAAGCCGGAUGGUUCAUUGUUCAGUGCGUGGCACGGCUUGUUCAAGGACUCCCGCUCACCCUCCUUGAAAUACACGUUUUGACGCAUGUCGUCUGUGCGUUUCUGAUGUACUUCUUCUGGAUAGACAAACCAUACGAUGUCGGACAACCCAUUUUCUUCAAGGACGAGAACGUAGUCAACUUUGCUGCUCUCUUUGCUGUCGACGUUCAUCUAGAGGACACAGUCUGGGGUAUAUUCACCGAUCGUCGCUUUGAUCAGGUUGAAAUCAAAGAAGUUAGGGCUGCGCAUGCAAGCGCAAACUACACUAUUCCUCGCACAGUACUUGGGCUUGUGAAAUACUGUCUGGACAAUUUAGGAAGCAAACAUAUCCAAAAAGAAGACCUUAACAACUUCGAGGAUCCUACAUGGAAGGCGGAUGGAACGCCUGAGACAGCACAGAAAAUCACUGAACACCACAUACGCGCAAACCGCGCACUUGACCGCCUCCGUCUCAGACACAGAGACGCGCUUUCCAAGUCCGACGAGGAGCUCCCGCAGUACAACAAAAUCCUCAGGUACGCGAAGCCACACAUUGUAUUCAAACGGAGCAACUUGAAGAUCGAUGGUGCGACCCAUGUUUUGGAGAGUGACCGUCGAGCACCACAGUUUGAAGAUGCGGAAGGGCUGGGGAGACACUGGAUCACUUUUGGCCUUGUUUGUGCCAUUUAUGGCGGUGCGCACCUUUCUGCCUGGGCAGCAUAUUUCCCCACAACAGUUGAGAAAUGGUGUUGGCGUGCGUCCGGCAUCGUCCUAGCGGCAUUACCGCUAGACGUCCUUGCCAAUCUCUAUUCAAUGGAUUUGUUCCGGUAUAUAUACCUCACAUCAGUAAAGAGGAAAAGUGGGAGGAGGACUGUACGGCUCCUGCAAAAGCUUUUGGACCUUUUUUUUGAUGUGGUUAUGGUGGCACACUUACUAAUAACCUUUUAUGUCUUUUUUACUUAUGUUGUAGCAAGACUUUAUAUCCUUGUGGAAGGUUUUGCAAGUUUAAGAGAUCCACCUGCUGGUACAUAUCAAGAUGUUAAAUGGGCCAACCUUAUCCCGCAUGCUGGAUAAAGAUCGAUCUCACCUCUCAACCUGUAUGUUCGGACUGCUAGAGAGUUUAGCGCAAAACAAUAAAAGGACUGGGUC